CAAUCAAACGAAUCCCUCUCUCCACAACAUCUGUGAGAAAACGAUAACUUUACUUGAUCCAUGGGGAUACUUGAUCAUCUCUGGGAUGAUACCGUCGCUGGUCCUCGGCCGGAGAACGGCCUUGGCAAGCUUCGGAAACACCAUACUUUCAGUUUCCGGCCUAGCUCCGGCAAUGAUCAACCUGACAGUGGAAACGUUAGAUCGUACGGUGAAGAUUCGCCGGAUGAGGGUGUGAAAGUGACACGCAGCAUCAUGAUAAUAAAACCACCGGGAUACCAAGGCGGUUCAGCUCCGGUUUCACCGGCCGGUUCAACUCCACCGGUGUCUCCUUUCUCUGGAGGAAAGGAACCCUUUCGGUUCAGGAGACGCUCGACUUCGGACGCGUUCGAGAAGGCAGCAGGCAGAUCAGAGAAUGGACCAAGGAACUCUCCUCCUACUUACGGCGUGUGAUCUCUAAUCUCUAACUAGAGAAGAAGAAGAGGAAACAGAGUAGCCCCUGAAGGCUGAAGCGCUUUCGUUUUGACACAUCAAGUUGUCGUUGCAUGCAGAGCUCGUCUUUCUUCCUUUUGUAGGCUAGAGAGGUUCUCUUUUGUUUAUGCGUGUGUGAGGUUGUUCCCGCGUUUGUGAUUGCGUCUCUGUUUUUUUUUCUCUCUUUUUGUUCCUUUUUAUAUGUCAAUCUCGUUUUCGCAAUGCUUUUACGUGUCUGUACAUAUUUGCUGCAAUGAUAAUAAACAUAUUAAUGUA